UUAACGAAUUGUCUUUUACAUCUUGAUCAUAAUGUACAUCUUUAUGUUCUAUCACUGUGAAAGGUUUUAUUUGUCAGUGAGCAUGUCAAAUGUCAGAUGAGACAAAUGUGUUGAUGAUCAAGGAAGGCUUGCAUGCUACAGAUAUUGGAAAGUGAGUGACAUAUUGAAGAAUAUUUGAAAAUCAGAUCGGAAAAUGUCCGGCUUUAGAAGUCUUUAUUUACUUCUUAUCAUUGCGACAUUAUCUUUUCUAACGCAAGCAUUUUAUUUGAAUACCGUAUGCCAACUUAAUCAGAGAGCUGAUAUUGUAAUAUUGGUGGGAGAUUCCAGAUCAACCAUGAGAAUGAACUGGUUCAGACCCACCAUUGCACCGGGUGUUUUGACCUUUAUAACCAACUUUAUAAGACGAUUGGACUUCACUAUGGAACGUGUUGGUAUCAUGGCGGUUAGCGAUACGGUACGACUUGUUAGUCCUCUUACCAACAUUCCAGCCACUCUUUAUCAACGAAUGAUGACGUGGAGACCGCAAUUCGGCGGAGCAAAAACAUACCGUGGUCUAUUAAGUGUUCGACAAUAUUUGGGAUCCGAAUCUAGUCCGAAUUGUAAGAAGUUUGUGAUCCUUUUGACGAACAGAAACUCGGAGAAUUCGGCUUUGACCAGACAACAAGCAGCAGACGCUAAAAGGGAGGGAGUAAACAUCAUCUCUGUGGGUUUCUCUAGUUCCAGAACUGAGCUUAGUGAUCUAAGGGCUAUCAUUGAUGACGACGACGAUAUGUUCUGGUCAAAUAACGACAGCCUUUUGCCAUCUUUGAUUGUAGACAUAUUAAAUGAAAUUUGUGAAGAGACAAAUACCAAUGUUCCAAGCCAUAGCGUUGUGUUUGAGUCGGAUAUUGUUCUUAUUAUUGAUGACUCAGAAAGUACUCGUACAUUCUCUGGCACAGCAGUUACUCACGAUGCACAUUUAGGCACGUUUGUGAAACAGAUGGCCAUUAAUAUGGACUUUACUGCUUGCCGUCUUGGGGUUGUGAUGGUCAGCAAAACAGGUAGAGCGAUUGUCGAUCUAGGAACUGAUUUGGCGGGAAUAAAUACAGCGAUCGAUAAUUUCACUGGUGAAUUCGUCGAGACGAGAACAGAAGAAGGUUAUAAAGCUGCACGAUUGAUGUUAGACUCGGUACCACGUGCUAGAAACCAAUAUGUCAUGCUUGUUGCCGAUGGGACUUCCUUUGAUAACAGCCCGAUCAGUGUAGAAACUACACAACUUGAAGAAGCCGAAGUUAAUCUUGGACUGCUUAGUUUUGGAACAGUUCAUGGAAAUUGUUUAACACCAUCAGAUGUCAAUGCCUGUUUACAAAGUUCAGCAUGGCAAAUUACAGCAACCGAUUCGACAGAAGUUCCAAGUAAAGCCGCGGAAAUCGCAAAUUAUGUGUGUCCAAAUAUAUAGAAAAGAUGGCGGGAAUUCGAAUUCCUGAAAAUGCGACGUACUUAUGGCCAUUUAACCCAUUCUAUUAUAACUCAUUAAUAAAGCUGAUUGAUUAUAA